AUGACAGAAGUUGACGAAGCAAAUAAUACUGUUGUUUCUGUUUCAUUAAAUGACCCAAUAAAUGAAGAAGAAUUAAUUUCAACUAAUGAUAUAUUGGAAAAUAUUAAUACAUCAACUACAAAAUCACCAUCCAUAUCAUCAAUAUCAUCAAUAGAGAGUAAUUCAUCAACUGAUAAACUUAUAAAAUCCUUGUCAUCAACAAAAUUAACAACUAAAGAUGAUCAAACCAGCACAACAUCAGGGACAGAGUCAUCAACUACUACAAUCAGACAAGUAUUGGCCACUACAAAUGAUAAUAAACCAAAUAGAUUACCCCAAUCAGUUGCUUCCAAAACUAAUUUUUAUAAUGAUUUAAAUGAAAAAAAUAAAAAUCAACUACCUCAAAAAAAGAAACCAAUUAAAUUUACUGUUCGUAAAGUCUCUCAUGAACCAGUAAAUAUAAAUUCAAGUUCCAAUUCAUCAUCACCAACGACUUCAAGAAAUCCAACUCCAACUUCAGCUACGUCAUCUAAAUUUUCAUUCACAGACAAAAAUAUUGAAAAACCUAAAAAUAAUGACAUAAAAUCACCAACUACUACAGAUCAACAUGAAGUAGAAAUAAUAAGUAAAUUAAAACAAUCACAACAAAAAUAUGAUCAAUAUGAAAUUAGAAUUAUUAAAAUUGAAAAAGAAAUUGAAUUCUUAUUACAAUUAUUACCACCAUAUAAUGUUGAAAUUGAUUAUAAUACAAGAACAAAAAUAAAUAAAGCUAUCGAGAAAUUGAAAUUAAAACAAGAAGAAAUUAUAAUGAAAAAAUAUAAUUUGGGUAUUGUUAUAAGUAGACUUUGGAGAAAUCAUGAGAGUAGUGAGAUUUGGGUUAGAAAAUUUGAUUGA